CGUAGAUACAGAUUGCAGGUCAAUCCUCCCUGGAAUCUCGCACGUAUCUCCUCGUGCAAUGCCAAAAAUGGUAGUCCCCGUCGAUACUGCUACGAUACAACCGCAGGCUUUGGCGCAUAUGUGUAUGUGAUCGAUUCAGGCAUUAACCUUUCGCAUCCUGAAUUCUCAGGUCGAGCUUUCCAAGGAGCAAACUUCGUCCCUGGGUCUAUCGACGAUGAUGAACUCGAUCAUGGCACUUAUGUCGCAGCGAUUAUCGGGGGCAAAACUUACGGGGUGGCUAAGAACUGCACCAUGAUUUCUGUCAAGGUGAUUAGCAAAAGCGGCAGAAGUAACAUGUGGUGGCUCUGGCAGGGCAUAUACUGGGCUAUCCGUGACGCCAAGGCGAGGGGUAUUUCUGACAGGAGCGUUAUCAACAUAUCUGCAGGCGGUCCUCAAAGCGUCUAUGUUAACGAUGCGGUACAGGCUGCUACUGAUGCAGGUAUUACUGUGGUUGUUUCAGCUGGUAACGACGCUGACUUCGCCAUGUUCCGCUCCCCUGCCUCUGCCCCAUCCGCUAUCACAGUAGCCGCAAGUGGUCCAGAUGACUGUCGCACUCCUUGCUCCAACUACGGUCCCUGCGUUGAUAUCUUUGCACCAGGUGCUAACAUUGCUAGCGCCUGGAACAAUAAAGAAACUGAAACAAGGUAUGCCUCUGGUACGAGUGCGGCAGCACCACAUGUUGCAGGUCUAGCUGCAUAUUUCAUAUCCAGUGAGAAUCUGAGGGGUUCUGAGGCUGUUAAGGAGCGAAUUCUUGGCGCAAGUUUGGGUGGUGUAAUUAAGGAUGUGCGUUGCAGUAGUAACCGCCUUGCGCAUAACGGCAACCAAGUAUUUUAAGAAGUAACCUUUUUGAUAGCUUUACCAGGAGCUAAAUAGAGGGCCAACUCUGGCAGAGGGGUCACUGGGAUAAGGAUAGAUAGUGACUUGAGUAGCAAAUCUUCGCCUUUUUUAUACAACCGUUAUCAACGUUGUCUUCUGGACCAUCAGCGUGUUGCCGGCCGUUUUGACAAUUUGGAAGGUUGAGGGCCGUGUUA